CACUGCAAUCUGAGCAAGAGAGCAAGACUGUCUCAAAAACAAACAAAAUAGGUAGCUCCUAGGGCAUUAUAGGAACAAUGAUAACUGAAUGAAUAUUUUUUAAAGGAAAAAAAUCAUUACUUAAUGAUCUCAGCUUUUUUAGUUUAACAUCACAGAAACUACUGAUUUGAAAUAUUCCAAAGAACUAUAUUUGCUCUCUGUAACAGUAAUUUUUCAAAACUCUUCUAACAAGACCAACUCACUGGAAAGAAAACUCUACAUGUCAAUGAAUGAGUGUCCACAACCCAAAGAAUACUCACGUGGCACUUCCAGGAAGUCUCUACCAUUAAGCAAAAGAGAUCCCAUGAUCCUAGUCUCGGGGGCGGGGGGGAACCCUCCAAAUUAUUGCCAGUGAUUUUAAGAAAGAUGAUGUUAAAUGCUAGCACACUCAAUAGUUCUGCACAAUACAUGAGUUCUGCACAAUACUUAACAUAUUCUGAGAAGAUCAUGAAUAAAAUGCAAAACCCUUUUUUGUACUUUUAUAAUUAGGAAUAAUCUAGAUAACCCUAGGAUUUGUACUUUUACUACUAAGAGCUAAUAUUUACUGAGUCCUUACUAUGUGACAAGCACAUAGUGAAGCAUUUUUGCCCAAGACCAUCUUAUGAGGUAAAUACUAUUAAUAUCUUCAUUUUACAGACAAGUAAUCUGUGGCUCCCAAAUGUUAAAUAACUUGCCAAAGACUACUAAGCUGAUAAUUGGCCAAGCCCAAAUUUAAAACCAGACAGUCUGUUUCUAGAACUUGCAUUGUUAACUCAUUUGCUUUACUGACUUGGAAUCUAUGAAACAGGUAAAGUUGAAGAAUGCCUUUCUCUUCUGUUUCUUCUCCAUGCUCUAGGAAUCUCAAAAAAUAAUGAAUCCUGAGCUUUUAAAUCUAUGCAUAUAUCACUAUCUUUAUUAUGCUACUUCCUUUAAAGAAAGUAUGGUUUAAUAACUUAAUGCACUGUCUUCAGUUUUUCCUGCACUGGUGUCAUAUGUAAUUUCUCUUCCUUGUUUAGGUUUGCGGCUAGAAGACAGUAAAUCUAGCAAUGGAGCCCACAUAUGAGGAAUACCUAGCAAAUCAUGGAACAAUAGUAAAGCCUUAUUACUGGCUAAGCUUCUCUCUAGAUUGCUCUAAUUGUCCUUACCAUAUUCGAACGGGUGAAGAAGCAAGAGUUUCCCUCACAGAAUUUUGUCAGAUUUUUGGAUUCCCUUAUGGGACAACAUAUCCUCAAACAAAACACCUCACAUUUUAUGAAUUAAAAACUUCUUCUGGUAGCCUGGUGCAAAAGGGCCAUGCUAGCAGUUGCACUGGGAAUCAUAUCCAUCCAGAAUCAAUGCUCUUUGAAAUGAAUGGUUACCUUGACUCAGCCAUAUACAAUAAUGACAGCAUCAGGCAUAUCAUUCUGUAUUGCAACAACUCCCCUUGUAAUGAAGCUAACCACUGCUGCAUCAGCAAAGUAUACAAUUUCCUGAUUACAUAUCCAGGCAUCACUCUUAGUAUUUAUUUUUCUCAGCUCUAUCACACCGAGACGGACUUUCCUGCCUCCGCAUGGAACCGCGAAGCUCUCCGGAGCCUGGCCAGCUUAUGGCCGCGGGUUGUUUUGAGUCCAAUAAGCGGCGGGAUUUGGCAUUCUGUCCUCCACAGCUUUGUUAGUGGUGUCUCAGGAUCACAUGUUUUUCAGCCCAUUUUAACAGGGAGAGCACUGACUGACAGGCACAAUGCAUAUGAAAUCAAUGCCAUAACAGGUGUAAAACCUUUCUUCACUGAUGUUCUUCUCCAGACAAAAAGGAAUCCAAACACAAAAGCUCAGGUGGCUUUAGAGAGCUACCCCUUAAACAAUGCCUUUCCCGGACAGUCUUUUCAAAUGACGAGUGGAAGACCUCCAGACCUCAGGGCUCCUGUUGUUUUUGUGCUAUUGCCUCUCAGGGACUUACCACCAAUGCAAAUGGGCCAAGACCCAAAUAAACCCAGGAAUAUCAUAAGGCACUUAAAUAUGCCUCAAAUGUCAUUCCAGGAAACCAAGGACCUUGAAAGGCUUCCCACUAGAAGGUCAGUGGAGACAGUGGAAAUCACAGAACGGUUUGCAAGUAGCAAACAGGCAGAUGAAAAGACGAAGAAGAAGAAAGGGAAGAAAUAAAAUUUACCUUCCCACAGCAUGAAACCAAUUCCCAGCGGACUUAUUAGAUAGACAACAAAAAUCUGGAAACUUUCUCUCUUAGGGCUGAGCCAAGAAGGAGAUAAACUGACGCACUAAAAGCAAACCUUGAAUUAUUUACCAUAUGAACUGUUAUAAAGUCACACUCUUUUAAACAUAAUCCAAAAUGUUUCCAUAAGCAACUUGAUCUCUCUCCUUUGAAAGUGGCAGUAUCAAAAUGGAACCAUUAGCAGCUUGCUAAUAUUUUGGUGCAGAAAAGGAAUCUCAUUAUUCUAUUCUACUCACAUCACCUUUUCACAACAAAAGCCCAUGGACAAAAUAGCUACCUAAAUUGAUUUCAGUAAAAAAAUUUACUGUAAAACUGAAAAACAGCCUGAAGCUACUGACAUUAAAUGCUGUUUGCAAGAGCAAACCAGUGAUUUUCUACUAGUUGUUAAUCAUGGACAGAAGAUUUUAGGUAGUUCAUUUUUUUCUAAAGUGAUUCAAAAUAGUUUUGUGUGGGAAAAAGCACUUCUGUUGAUUACGUAUAGCUAUAAAGAUUAAAACCUAGGCACCUGCUCAGUUUGAUCUUCCCCAGCUCAGACCUCUCCCUUCUGAGCAGAUGAUAGAGGCAAGAUGAUACAUGAGAACCUCCAAUGGCUCCUGUCAUCACAUACCAUAUAAAAUCCAAGUUCCUCUUACUGGCUUUCAAGGAUCCUCCUUUAACUUUCUGUUGCCUUGUAUCAUCAGCAAGAUCAUAAGUACCCACAGGUCAAGCGCUGUCUCUCCCUUCCCUUUAACUUUUCCCUUAGGAUCUAGCACGUUAUCCAGCAAAACAUGGGUAGCAAGGCUGAAAUGACACCUCAAUAACUUCACCAAUGACUAUGAGUCAACAUCCCUUCUCCACCCUGGCUGAAAGCCUACUUAACCAUCCUGCAACAGAUGUUUUUCUUUUUGUUAGCAUCCAUUCCCCCUUCUAAUGCAGCUCCCAGUGCAUAAUGUGUGUUUUACUUCCCUCCUUUCUGACUCCAUCCUCGUCACGAGUGAAUAUUUGUACCUUCUCUUAAAAUCUUCAAAACACACUUCUAGGAAGUGCUCCUUCACUAAUCCUCUAAGCACUUAAAUGAAAGCACUUUGCUUAUGCUUAUUUCACAUUUGCUGCCACUUGCCUCUUUGAAAUAUGUAAAGAUACAUUACAAGAAAAAUGUACAUUUACUUGUAACUUGCCAUUUUUUUCUAUAUAUAUGUAUAUAAAGCUCCUAUUAUCCUAAGCUAAUAAAAGAGUUUGCCAUGACAUUAAAACAUGUAAUACUCCAUGAAGGAGGAGGAGAAAGAAAAACGUAUUUUAGGAAUAACAAUUAGUAUUGUGGUUAAAAUAAACAUGAAUAAAAAGUUUAAAA